CCCCCGGUUCGAACCUAAAUCACAACAUCACCUCAGAGAAAGGCCAUGUCCCCCAGCAGGGAAUAUAUGGAACCACUGGAAGGGGAGCACAGACGGGAGCCGUUCUUGAAGGGCUGCUAGGGGCGCAGCAGCCUGUACUGCCACUACGAGUAAACGCUCCACCAGGAUGUGCAGGAUCGAUUCCCACGAUCGGUUCUUUCUACGCAUCUCCGGGUGUAAUGUCGGAGCUCUUACCGGGUCCCGAUCGCAUAACCCAAGUCGGCCAAUGUUAUGUUGAUUUAAAUAAUAUUCUGCGUCUACGACUAACGCCGGAAGAUAUCCAGUCGCUGCUGGAACGACACGGAUCACCUCACGCGCGAAUCCCAUUUGAUGAGAACACCCAGCUUCAACAGAUCCACGACUCUAUACGACUUGCUGCCGAAAGUCAGGGCCUGGUUUAUGAAGUGCCCGUUAGGGCUGGGCCGCCAGUAAGGCUGGAUGAUAGUCGGCCUCCACAGCCAAUAACCGUCCACUGGCCUAUCGAGAUCACGGAUCAAGAAAGCGUUUGCAGCUUUCUUCAUAGUCUGUCAAGAAAGCCAAUCCAAAAUCGCCAUGUAUCCGCUCGAUGGUACAUAUUGUCAAGCUUCGAAAGGAACAGAGACCAGCUUAUUGAAGAUCUCUUCAGAUUUUACUCUUUCUACGUAUUUGGUAGCCCACCGAGACGAUUAUUUGAAUUCGUGUGGCGGUCACAAACAGGAGGAGCGUAUUCGAUCUUGGAGUUCUCUACGGAAGGAGCUGAGAGAAGGGUGCGAAUAGUGCUUAAUGAAAUGCUCAUUACUGAUUGUCAAAGACUUCGUGACGUUGUACUUUACCAGAUGGCCCAUGCCAUGGAGUUCAUUCGACCUGGCAGAUACUACUUCGAAGACUAUGCAAAAGUUGCUAGAGAUGAACUUCAGCUCACUAUGGCAUUUCCUUGCGUGCCAUUACGAUGAUGGGGCAUAUUAGGGGGACACUGUUCAUGCAGACGUUUAAAAUUGCAUACUAAUAUUUACAUAGUUUAGGCAAAAACAUCCUGAAAAGUUAUACAAUAACGGCUUAAGCGGGGUUUUCCCGCCAGCCCAACAGGACUCCGGUGUCCAUAUUAAUAGAAAAGCGAAAUUUAUUAUCGGGUGAAGACAAAAUUGCAAACAUGUCUAUGAACCAUUGAAUUCUACUAGAAUGUCCUGUGAAACAAAAUUUCGU